GUACCUCGUCCGUCGUCGUCGCAAUCUGUCAUUCCGUGACAGCGCCAGCGACGCCAGCAUGCUCGUCCGACGCUGCCUCACGCCUCUGCUGCUCCUCGCCGCCUCCGCUGCAGGCGCCAAGACGUGCGCCGAAUGCGCGGGCAAGACGUGCCUCCUUGAAGGCAGCGUUAGUCUCACUGGCGGCGCUACGUCUGUGGCUCUCUCGCUCUGCUACUAUGAUGCAUCGAGCGCACCGGCUAUUACGUUUUCGUUGAGCGCGAUGCCUUCGUGCGACGUCAACUCGGUCCUGAUGCCGCGCGUCAAGGCGUUGGCGACCAACACGACGACGACCUCGGGCCUUUGCACGAAGACGAGCGCCGAUCCGUGCCCCGUUGUCGCGACGCUUCAAUCGCCGAUCGACUGGGCGAUCGCGCUGCAGGCCAAAUCGACGGUCAACACGCUGCUUGCGUCCAUCGACCAGUCGUCGUCCGACGUCGUCAAGGUAGCAACCUUCUCGACCGAGACGGCGCCGGCCGUGACCUCGGCCGAGACUGCGGUCACGGCGUGCGGCAGCAACAUUCCCGUAUCUGGCAACCGCUUCUCGAACCUCGACGCGUGCAACGUGGUGCAAGUGUGCAGAGGGCCCGUCGGCGCGUCGACGUGCGUCGUCUCGGAAGCCGGCGGAUCCUUGCGCAACGUCACCGCGUCGUCGUCGAGCCAAGUCGUGUUUCUCUCGAUGGCCAAGCCGUUUGGCUGCGACGCGAUCUCCGCCAACUCGUUCCUGUACGUUCAAAUCACGGUGGGCGACGCCGACGCCAGCGGCCUGACCAAAGUCGCCAAGAUUGGAGCGCUCACGACGAGCACCCGCUUCACCGCGUACCCGCCGGCGGUCGGCGCAACGACCCUUUCGCUGGCCGGCGACGUAUGCGCCGGCACGGACGCUUCGUUUUCGCUUUCGCCGAAUGCGACGAGUCUGCCGGCGUCGACGGCAUCAAGCGGCAACACGACACUGACGCUCGCCACGCCAUGGACCGCGUCAAGCGCCGCGAUCCUCAACUACACGCUCUGCGGCGUGUCCGUCGCGCGAAGCAUCAUCGAGAGCGGAAGCAGUUUGAGCAUCACGCCGGCAGCCAUGGCCGUGCCGUCAACGAGCUUGCUUGCCAACGUCGCGGUCACGGGCGCGGGAUUCUCCUCGGGCAGCGUUAACUGCACUGUCGUUGCUGCCAAGGGCACGCAGACCACCACCUUUACGACCUGUGCGUGCACGGCCACGUCGACGACCAACCUCACGCUGUCGUGUUCCAACAGUCUUGCAGAUUACGUCGGGUAUACGCUCGCCCUGGUGCUUGCUAAUGGCGCGAACCCGGUGACGAUUGGGUCUGUCUGCGACGCUGCGCAGUGUGCGACGUCGAUCAUCACGGGCGCCCCCGAGGGAGACCAAACCGCGGGUCUGCCCGGCGGCUGGAUUGCUGGCAUUGCCAUUGUCGUGAUCGCGAUCCUCGGCUUCAUACUCGAGUGCAGCCUCCACCGCAAGCGCUUCCGCCGCGACCAGCAGGCGAACCGGACGCAGUACGUCGAGACGCACAACGCCGCAUGAGAUUCCUAGUCGCUCUAUCUAUACACACUGCCAUUCUACUCGACGAUUCCUGCUUUACGCUAAUUUGCGACUAAACCGGAUCUUUUCAGCGCG